AAAAAAUAUAAACAUUGAAGGAGGAGUGACCGUCCCUUGUGACGCCCAACAUCCGUGGGCGUGUAUGUAGCCUGACUCCGACCACACAUGCCACAAUGACGGCCUAAUACGAAUCCAUGGAUUUGAACGAUUCCAUAUUUCCUGGGCCGGACCAAAAUUGGCCCCGCCCACCCAUCCCGCCCAUUCGACACCCAUGGGAGUUGGAGGGCGGUUAUGGCUCCGAAGUUCGCCCUUUAAUCCUGCCCCCGCGCGGAGGCAUGGGACGGGGCGGUCUGAGUGGGCGUGGCACGGGUUCCUCGCUGUAUGCGCCUUCGUCCGUCUCUCACGCCUCCCGAGAACAUUAUUAUGAGGAUCAUCUUAUGCGUCCGGGUCGAUUGCCCGUCCUGAAUCCGGAAGCGGUCCAAACGGACCAUUUGCAUCUGCACUUGAACCGCUUGAGUCGCGAGGUGCAGGCCUCGCUUUCGCCGGAUGCCCGGCAACUUGUGGAUAGUUACAUCCCCACUCAAGAGAUGGUCGAGUAUUUCGAGCGGUUGGACGUGUUGCUGUGCGGGAAAUGUCAGUCCGUGUUCCACGUGCUCGAGGAGUUCAAGAGCCACAAAUCGGGUUGUCGAGGCGAAUCCAACCAUGGGCGGAGUGGGCAGGAGUCCAGCGAUUACGCCUUGGCCCUCACCUUGUGGUAUAACACUCUCAUCCGGAAGAUUGAACAAGCCGGCGUGCCCUAUGCCGAACAAGAGGAUCUUCGCCAAUAUAUCCAGUCUAAAUUCUAUCGCUUGAGUUGGAAAUCCAAGCAGAAGUGGCAAAAAGUGGCUCGCCAUGUUCGGAAACUCUGCAGCGAAGGCCAAGUCCUCUUUGGAGCUGUGGACUUGCGCAAAGACUUGCUUCGAGAGUAUCAUCCUCCACUUUGGGUUGAGGGAGAAAACGGCCCUUCUAUGUUGGAACUCAAGCAAGAGGUGUCUACUCAGUGGCCAUCAUUGGGGGUCGAGGAAAUUGCCAACCCUGGAUCGAGGACUCUCCCCAAGAUGUCCUUGCUUCGAUCAGUUCGUACACUCGUUCCCAAAGUUCCGGGAAAAAACAUGAUCUCUAGUCCCAUCCUGGAUCCAGAACCCGAACUUGAACCCCCAGAGGUGCUAGAAAUAUUGGCUCAGAGGAAUCAACAGUAUUGUGUCAUAAUCAAGGGAAGACGCGAUCCAAAGUGGAUGGAUGCCCGUGAUUUGAGCCCCAAACUCAUCGCAACAUUUCACAAACCCACCAGAUCCGUGGGUGUGGCCAGCGUUCCUAUGGCCAAGACAAAAACUAAAAACGCUUCUACCAUGUCAGUCCCCCAAACUCACUCCAUUGCCACAGAGACCCUCCCACCCAAAUUGAUCUCGAGAACCACCGAAACCAUCUCGCCAUUGGUUUCAUCCGUGGGAACGGAGACAGUGGUGCCUCUGGUGUGCAAUGUAGAAACCGAGACCAGACAAAUUCAGACGAAAUCCAUUGGAGUUGGUUCGGAUGGGGAUCCUCUUCCCGAAGACUCCGUUUCCCAUGUCAAACAAAAUACUCUUCCCCUGGUCGUCACCGACGUGAUCGCCGGAGCUCCAGAGGUCGACGAAGAACUACUAGAACCUGUCCAUUCUCAAAACAAAACCUCCCUCACCGUCAUAAGCAAUGACUCCCCUUUCCUCUCAGUCCCACACCCACCUUUGCCCGUCAAACUAGUCCUGCCCUCUCGUCCCCGGGAUUCCUCACCGGAUCCAAGUUUGAAGAGUCCACCGCGAGCUUCGCGCCUAAAAGCGCUUACCAAAAUGAAGAGAUGGGCUAAGGACAAGAGUGUGUCCUCCUCGGAAGGCACGCCUACGCCCAUUGACCGGCCUUCAACGCCCUUAUCGGACACCUUGGCCGAUGAUGUGGAGGAGGAAACCAUCCUCACACAAGGUACCUUUGGCACCGUUAUGGGCGCUUUUCAAGCGGAGUUUGAAAAGAGCCUGAGCUCUCAAUUGAAGAGAGACCAGGAAAGCUUCAAGUCAGCCUUGAUUGUGGACUCUCCGACCCAGAAGCCUUGGGGAGGCAAUGCUCAUUGGUGGUUGAAGAAGAAUGCCUCUUCGCCACUGAAAUCGGGCAAAACGUGGAAUGAAGUUCCAACCGGGGGAAAAGUCGAGGUCAUUCGAUUAGGAGUGGUGGGCGGGGCUCGAACCUUGAGGGAGGAACUGGAGACGAAUGUGAGGCUGAGACAGGGACCCAAGCGGGGUCGACCCAAGGGAUCUUGCAAUAAAGUGCCGUCGGUCAAAGAACAGAAACGAUUGAAGGUCAAGCUGACAAUGGGUCGGAAGCGUCCUUUGUCAGGCCACUCCUUUGAGGCCAACAUCCAGGAGGAGUUGGACAACUCCAAGGUGACCUCGGAUGAUACCAAAGAACCCUUCGGUCUCCAAUUCUCCGAUGAAGACAUGGAUCUGGAUCUUUCCCCGUUGAGGACCCGGGGACGUAAACGCAAGAGGCCCAAGGACGAGAAGCCCAGGAUUGUCAAGGCCAAGAAAAAAAGGAAAUCCAAUCCACCCGACGAUCUGGCCGAUGAAGAGAUUGCCAAGAUCAUCCCGAAAGGUUUCACCGUGAUCCCUCAAUUCUCCGGCAAAGGCACCGUCGAAUACGUGGUCAGAAAAGAACGAGAUGAAACCCAAUCCAAGAGUUCCAAAUCCAUUUCGGCCAAGACCUCCUCAUCGAAUGCUCCUCCCAAAGUGCUGGAAUUCGGCUCCAGGAAGAUCAGCAGUGCUUCCCUCAGUUCUAAAGAGUCUUCCAAUGUCAAAACCAUCUUCUUGAACUCGGAGCAAGGGGCUAAAGAUGCGCUCCACAAGCAAAGAGGUGCGCCGCAUUCAAGCCCGUCCAUCUUGCCCGGACCCGAGGAUAAGGAUAAGAGCUCUCAAUUUGUGAAAUUGACUUAUCGUCCUACUGAGCAGGAUCUCCUGAUGAGCAACCAGUACCCACGGAGACCCAAUGAGACGAAAGUGGGUCAUCCUCGACACAGUCCUAACUCGUUCGAGGUCACUUCUACCACAGAUAGCAACAUGGAUCUCCAAGAUGGAAUCCUGGACAAGAAUCAGGAGGUGUCCACCACUACCGCAACGACUGCCAAGGACAAUCCCCCCGAAGAAGACUCCGAGUACACUUUGGAUCCCAUCUCUGGCCUUCUGGUGGACAAAGAAGGGAACCCGCUACAAGUCAAAGAUUCUCAGCCUACAUUUGCUCAAUUGAGACCCCCUUUAGCUCUACCAAAUGCUUCUAGUAUGCCUCCUGCGGAGAGCAGCGCCCGUGCGACAGUCCCGUUUAACGUCUUGAGUCAAGCUCAGAUGGUGCAAGUCUCGGUUCCCAUACCCAUGGAGACUCAAGCCAAUCCCAAUCAUUUGCUGCUUCACGCGGGACAUCAAGCUCCACCCGGAUACACGAGCAACACCUCGGAUAUCACGCAAUCCACGAUGUCGUUCGAUCCGUCUAUGCAGGGACUUCAGCCCUCGUUCCAGAUCUCUGAGGAUGGAGGGAUCGUCAUGUCGUCCAUGGAACAGAACACCGGAACCUUGAGCGCCGAUCAGACCAACAAUCCGGUUCAAUACGCCACGACCAUGCAAGGUGUUCCUGGUACUUCAAAUAAGGUGCUACUUGUUUUGCCUGGCGGUCAAAUGAUCCUCACAGAUCUCACGGAUGAACAAUGUGGACAGCUCAAUAUCCAGGUUGAACAAUCCGGUGAUGGCAGCACUGUGAGUGGCGUGCCUCAAGUCAUCCCUGCCCAUCCCCACGGUCCCAAUCAACACGCGGGUGUCUCGCCCGAAGACGUGUCCAACAAUAUUCAGUUCACGUUCACCACGGAUAAUCUCACGGCGCCCCUGACCUCACAACAGCCCGUCCCAGUUCUCGCUCCCACCACCACAUCCAGCCACACCAAUCCGGCGUUCCUGAGCUCAGCCGAGAUUUCGAACUUGCCUAUUGCAUUAGAGACCCUGGAGAAUGGCAAAGAGGCUGAGAAGGAAGGGACUAAGGGCGGAGAGGGUCUCUUGGACGGAGAAGGUGAUGGGCAGAAUUCCAAGCGCAAUGUCAACGAGCUCUCUGCCGAUAAACCGUGAGAAUCACCACGAUCACCGUAUUCAAAGAAUCUCCCUCUUGGCUGUCAAUCAACCAUGUUACUGAGUGGCAAAUAAAUGCACUUGCUCAUGUGUUCUUUCUUGCA